CGGGCGGCAGGCGGGGUGCGAGCGCGCCGGAGAGGCAGCCCCGGGGAGGGCAGCCCAACAGCCUCUGCAGCCGGGUGGAGUUCGUUUCUUUUGUUCUUGGGAGCUGAAUAGGAGAAAGGGACAUUUCAGCUUUUCUUGAUAAAGAUUACAACAUCUUAAACUGUGAGACAAGACUAUUUCUUGAAAAUUGAGAGUUCUUCAGCAAAUUUUCUAGACAUCAUGCCGUUGCGAAGUUCUGGCAAGUUGAGCAUGGAGACCAGAAAAGAUGAUGGUGAGAGCACAGCACCUGCCCCUCUGCCGAAGAAGCUGUCCUGUCAGUGCCACCACCACUGUCCUGAGGACUCAGUCAACAGCACCUGCAGUACUGAUGGCUACUGCUUCACCAUAAUAGAAGAAGAUGAGUCCGGUGGACAUUUAGUCACUAAGGGAUGUCUUGGAUUAGAGGGCUCUGACUUCCAGUGUCGGGACACUCCUAUUCCACACCAAAGAAGAUCUAUUGAAUGUUGUACAGGCCAAGAUUUCUGUAACAAACACCUUCACCCUACUCUGCCACCACUGAAAACUCGAGACUUUGUUGAAGGAAACAUUCACCAUAAGGCCCUGCUGAUCUCGGUGACUGUUUGCAGUAUUCUUCUGGUGCUUAUCAUCAUUUUCUGCUACUUCAGAUACAAACGCCAAGAGACGAGGCCCCACUACAGCAUCGGGCUGGAGCAGGAUGAGACCUACAUUCCCCCUGGAGAGUCCCUGAAGGAUUUGAUUGAGCAGUCCCAGAGCUCAGGGAGCGGCUCCGGACUCCCUCUCCUGGUUCAAAGGACCAUUGCAAAACAGAUUCAAAUGGUAAAGCAGAUUGGAAAAGGUCGCUAUGGAGAAGUCUGGAUGGGAAAGUGGCGUGGCGAAAAGGUAGCUGUGAAAGUGUUUUUUACCACUGAGGAGGCCAGCUGGUUCAGAGAAACAGAAAUCUACCAGACUGUUCUGAUGAGGCAUGAAAAUAUUCUUGGAUUCAUUGCUGCAGACAUUAAAGGUACAGGAUCUUGGACCCAGCUAUAUCUCAUCACUGACUACCAUGAGAAUGGCUCGCUUUAUGAUUAUCUAAAAUCUACUACCUUGGACACAAAAGCCAUGCUAAAACUGGCUUACUCCUCAGUUAGUGGCUUGUGCCACUUGCACACUGAGAUCUUCAGUACUCAAGGCAAACCUGCUAUUGCCCACCGUGACCUAAAAAGUAAGAAUAUCCUGGUGAAAAAGAACGGCACCUGCUGUAUAGCAGAUUUGGGCUUGGCUGUUAAAUUUAUCAGUGAUACAAAUGAGGUGGAUAUACCUCCCAACACCCGUGUAGGAACAAAACGCUAUAUGCCUCCUGAGGUGCUGGAUGAAAGCUUGAAUAGAAACCACUUUCAGUCGUACAUCAUGGCUGAUAUGUACAGUUUUGGACUCAUCCUUUGGGAAAUAGCGAGGAGAUGUGUUUCAGGAGGAAUAGUUGAAGAAUACCAACUUCCAUACCAUGACCUUGUGCCCACCGACCCCUCCUAUGAGGACAUGCGGGAGAUUGUGUGCAUCAAGAGACUACGCCCUUCGUUUCCCAACAGAUGGAGCAGUGAUGAGUGCUUACGGCAGAUGGGGAAGCUGAUGAUGGAGUGCUGGGCUCACAACCCUGCCUCUAGGCUCACAGCCCUGCGAGUCAAGAAAACACUUGCCAAAAUGUCAGAAUCCCAGGACAUUAAACUCUGACUCGGCCAGAGGCUGCUCUCGUGAAGGCCCAUGGAAAAGGACUUUCUCGCGCAGGCAGAAGUCCUGAAGAGCUAUCAAAAGUCCUCAGUAAUAAGUACCUUCAGUACAGUCGUGCUUAAGAGCAGCUGUAAGUUUGUUGAACAGCUUUUAGGGAGACUAUCCUUUGCGAAAAAAUCAGCUGAAUUUUGACAUAGAAGAUCAGAAGAGGCUUGUCUGCCCUUGUUUACAUGGGGAAAUACAGUUUUCAUAACUGGUUUAAGAUUAUGCAUGUUGCUUUCCAUGAAAGCCACUUAUUAUUUUAUUAUUAUUAUUGUUAUUAUUAUUAUUUUGAUUGUUUAAAAAAGAUACUGCUUAAAAUUUUAUGAAAAUAAAACUUUUGGUUAGAAGUAAAAAAAAGAUGUAUAUUGUUACAUUACAAAAAAAAAGGAAGAAACUGCUGAAAAUGAAAGCAAAGCAACUUUUUCAUUCUGAAGAGACUACUGCAAUCCAGCAUUUAACAAAACAGGCGGGUGUGCAGCUCAGAGGAGCUGUAAUGGAAAUCAUCUUAGAAGUCACCUACAUGCAGAGACGACUUUCCAUAGCCCUGCAUGUGCAAGUGGUUCUCAUAGUUAUAGACAUUAAGCCCAAUUGCAUUCCUGCCAUGGUUAGAGCACAGGCAGCUGGGUUCCUAUGGGUGUCCUGUCCCAAGGGAGACCAUACUUCAUUUGAGAUAAUCAGGAGCUGUAUGAAUAUGUUUUAGUGUGGCUUGUUUGAAGUAGUUCUUCAUGUUUUCAGGAAAUCUGAUGGGUAUGGUACCAGGAUGAGAAACAAGUGCCCCUUUUCUUGGCUUUCUUUUUUCUUUCUUUCCUCCCACUGCAAAAUAAAGUGUUUUGUGUGUGAGUGGAAAUGAAGUACACAUUUGGAUCUGCUGGUGAAUUUGAAACUGCUGUCAUGUACAUACACAACCACUGGGUGAGAGGAAGUUCCUUGUGAGAAAAAACUAUUAACUUGCUCUUUUGUCUGUGUAAAAGUGAGGUAUCCAUCUACAAGCACAGCUGGAAAACAAAAUAAUCUGUGUUUCCUUUUUUAAGGGAAAGUGAAAAACCUCAAAAAUUCCCAAUUUUGGGGGGUGGCAGUCAUUUUUCUUUAAACAAGGAGACCUGGUGCUUCCCAGCUGCAGUAGGAAGCCCACAGGGAAGGAGUGCGGGACUCAGGUGGAUGAUGAAGGCUGGGCACCGUGGCUGACAGCAGGCAAGUACAUCCAGCACUUCUCCCGCUGUAGGGAGAGGCACCACAAACCAAACCAUUUGCCUCAAGCUUCAUUUGCCUUACUAUUUCGUGCAGUGUUCCAGAAGCCUCCAUGCCUCUGGGAGGCACCGCUCUGCUGCCAAGCUGGGGCCGCAUAGCAUCAUGGUUCCCAGCAAGAGGAGCUUUUAGAGGAGAAGAGCAAAGGGAAACGUAUUGAUGGUCUUUCCUCUUUCCUGGGGCUGCAGCAGUUGCUGUGGUGUUCGAACUACAGAAGGGGAAAUUAGAGGUGGAAUAUUCCCUGUGAAGUACUUUCUUUAGAAAGGUCUCUGUUCUUCAUCAGAUUAUGAAAAUGAGAUGUGUAAGAGUUACCAGUUUACCCUUCUUUACCCUUAUUUUGUUUUUUGCCUGCCUAUGUCGUGUUUCACUAGAUGGUGUUCAAUUUAAUUUUGAAGUAAGUAAGUCCUUACAAAUGCUGCUUUGAUUAUGCUAAGCCUAUUUCUGAAUUGAAAUAAUUGCCAUGCUGGAUUUAGCCUCAGCAUUUCUGUAAUGCAUCUUUUUUCCCCUUUUUGGACAAAACUUAUUUAUUUGUGGUAGGUAAGUAUAUAAUUGGGGUUUAACUUCACAGCUCCCUGAAGGUAUUUCUAGCUGGAAAAAUUACCAUUUUAUAGUUUCAAGCUAACAGAAAAAUGUACAGGUUCAAGAGACUCAGCAAGACCUCCAUGAUUAUAGCUAUUAAAAAUUUCAAUCAGAGGAUUUUUGUUAAUUAGAGUGUUUUUUCCGCAGUGCAGUUUCCCUGCCUGUACCCCAAAAUACCGAGGAAUACAAAAGAAAAUCUCUGAGAGUUAAUAGUACACCAAACCCUGGCUCCAAGGGGGCAAAACUGGUUUCCCCUGUCCUUAAAAAGCAGUGUGCUUACUUGGCUGAAAGCAGAGUUUGCUCCUCUCCAUGCCUGCCUUGGCUUGAAGAUUUGUGGCCCAAAAUGAGGACAGCCCAGCAUCUUUUCACCUUUUUGUCUUACUGAAUGGAGCCACAGGGUUUCCACUCUCACUCGUUUCACCUUCAUGCCCUUUCAUACAAACCAGCACAGCCCCAAGGAACUGGAGUUUCUCAGCUCUGACAAAUGAGACCAUUGACUUUGGCAGCAGUUGGGGGCAGGCUCAGUUGAUCCACCCCUCUGCACGUGGUCCCUGCAGGUCCUGGGUAAGUGGAUGUGCAGCAGAGGAUGUGCCUUUUCCCUGCUGUAUUUAAGUGUGUUUCAUGUCUGCUUUCCUCAAAUAGAGAUUUUUUUUUUUUUUUUUUAAUUAUUAUGGCAUUCCCAAAAACUGUUUUGGAGGGUGCUUUCCUGGCUGGUGGGCAAGGCAUGCGAUGCCCUUGGCACCUGCUGUCAGUAUGUGUUGCAAGAAAAAGGGCCAGUCACUGGUUUUCUGAACAAACUUUACCGUUUCUGGUCCAAAAUUAAGGGAUCGAAGAUACUGGUUGACAGGUUACAUAAAGUGUGUAUGUUAAAUGUUCAAGUUUAUGUGUUUUUUAUAUAUAUAUAUAUAUAAAAAUAUAUAUAUAUUCAGUUGGGAGUCUGGAAUAACUCCAGUGUGUGGAUUAAGAGUAAACUAUUAAGGAUGAUAAAGCACUAAAUAAAACAUAAUAUUUAUUUAUGAAAAUGCAUAAAUGACAAAUUGCUGCAACGGUGCUGUGUAGGAAAAUAAAGAGAGAGAUAUAUAUGUGAGGAGACACACUCUGAGAAAGCAAAAGGUCUGCGGUUGUUUAACUAGUGCCUGCCCAUUUUCUCCCAGGAUUUUACCCAAUGAAAGGCCAGAUUUUACCCUCAAGUCUCCUACGCGCUGUAAUCUGUACUGUUGUAAAGGGAUAUUCCGAAGGCCUAAGAAAACAGCCUAAGGCAAGCGUAGAAGUCAUUCUAGCACUAUGACAUUCAAGUUACCAGCUGCAUGGUUGACUUUCUGCAACACUUACUGAGUAUAUUGUGGUUUUAGCAAGUAUAGUGACUACAGGUUAGUACAUUUAUUUUGCCAGGUGUGGCCUUUUAAUGUCACUUCCAGAUUUUGGUAGUUUCACAGUUCACAUUGAUGAAGGCUUGGAAGUCAGUGGUGAAGAUAAUUGUGGCUUCAGUGCUCAGAAAUCUGGAAAUCCAGUUUUGAAAUGUAAAUCGCUGAAGAAAGUGUAGUUCAGCGACUUAUUGAGAUAGAUAAGAUGGCAGAGCUAAGUGGGAGAAGAAGAAAACAAAAAACAACUCACCAAAAAAAAAAAAAAGAGCUGCCAUCUAACAACUGCUAUCCUUUCUCUAGCACAAAGUUAUUUCUGUUAAAGAAAAGGUUGACAAUGUAAAGACUAAGAAACUAAUUUGUGUUCUUUUUUGAGAACCAGUGCCUUAUUAAACCUGUAAAUACUGUAAUUAGAAAACCCAGGGAACAAACUGUGUUACAUUGUGUUUGUUCAAACUGUAUAUGGUUGCUUUAACAUUCCCCCCAAAUAAAAUUGUUUCCAU